CGCUAUUUAGUUUUUGCUCUUCUUCCGUAGUCAGACCGUGUGUUUUUUUGGCUUCCCCAAAAGUUCAGGAUUUCGGGGUGUCAUAGCAUUUGCUGUUGUUGUUUUGUUGCUUUGAGCAUUAAUUCUUCGAUAGGUGAAUUUUCCCACAUUUUUUCCCCAGAUUUUUGUCGGCAGAGUUCAAUUUUGUUUGUACAAGCUACAAUCCUCGUAUUUAAAUACAUAUGCAUAUUAGUUGUUAUUAGCAGCACUCUUUGUGUGGUCUUGUGGAACUUGUUGACGCAGUUGUUCAUGAACUUCGUUUGGUGAAUAAAUAAUUAUAUAUAGCAGGAAGUUGUUGGUAACUGCUUUUUUGAAGAUUAGUUAUUGUGAUAAAUUUAAAUUAACUAGUAGGAGUAUCUUCUACCAUAGAAAUAUUCAUCAAGUAUGGAGGUAUAUUUGAUAGGGAGUAGUCGAGAAUGAUAUCACAAGGACCAGUUUUUUCUACACUUUUUUUGUUGCAUAAGUUAGCUCUGGUUGUGUCCAAGUACUACCUUCUCCUUUCUCAUGUUUAGUCUACUUGGAUAUCUCUCUUUUUUGUGGUAGGCAGCUUGUACCAACAACCCCCUCUGUGGAGUCUCGAGUCCAAGCAUGUUUCGUUAAUUCGGGGAAAAGUAAACUCCAUGUUCAUGCUAUGCAAACUAUGCGAUGCAACUUUAUGUCAUUUUGAACUCUUGAUUUCCUGACUUUUCAUAUGAAUAUAUACUAUAGGUACAGUGUAUACUAGUUGUUUAUGAGGAAAAGACUGAUGCCGUGGUUGAGCUGUGAAAUCUAAACUGUUUGUUUAAUCAGUUGAGAUGGCCCCAUUAAAUAGUAACAGUUCGGAGAUCAUGCAUGGAGGUUCCAUUAACUCUGGCCAUGGGAAAUGCCCCUUUUAUUUGCUUUUCCAUUUUGAGACCACGCUUGGCCUUGGUUUGAGGGGCUUCUUAUAUUUCCUGGCUCUUGCCUACUGUUUUAUUGGAUUAUCAGCUAUUACUGAUCGUUUCUUUCGUUGCAUGGAAACUGUGGUCAAGCAAUCUCGGGCUGUGGAAGAGAUAGAUCCUACUACUAAUUCAAAAGUUAUUCGAAACAAAAAGGUUUGGAAUUAUGCGGUAGCUGACAUCGCUCUGUUGGCAUUCGGAACUAGUUUUCCUCAGAUUUCAUUGGCAACAAUUGAUGCCAUAAGGAAUAUUGGAGGGUUGUAUGCUGGAGGUCUAGGUCCAGGAACACUUGUUGGUUCUGCUGCUUUUGAUCUAUUUCCCAUCCAUGCCGUAUGUGUCGUUGUUCCUAAAGCUGGAGAACUGAAAACGAUAGCAGAUAUCGGAGUAUGGCUUGUAGGGCUCUUUUGGUCUUUCUGGGCUUACAUUUGGCUAUACAUAAUACUAGAGGUGUGGACUCCAAAUGUGAUUACUCUCUGGGAAGCUCUGUUCACUGUAGGGCAAUAUGGUCUUCUGCUUAUGCAUGCCUAUGCUCAAGAUAAACGUUGGCCAUUCGUUUCCUUGCCCAUGAAAAGAGAUGAAAGGCCAGAAGACUGGGUACCAGAAGAAACUCCCCGGUGCAGGAAAGGAGAUGAGGAUCCUCAUAAUUACUCUGGAAUACAUGAAGAACAAUCUCUUGAAGACAACAUUCCUCAGAAAGAUGAUUUGGCCUCCAUCUGGAAGCGGCAAUUUAUUGAUGCUGUCACGUUGGAGACAGCAGAGUCAAGGAAAGUAAAUAGUCCAUGCCUCUCCCUUGCAAAGGCCUUUUGGAAGCUGCUCAUAGCACCAUGGAGAUUCCUGUUCGCAUUUGUGCCUCCGUAUCAGAUUGCUCACGGAUGGAUUGCAUUCCUUUUCUCUCUAGCUUUCAUUGCUGGGAUAGCUUAUGUUGUGACAAAGCUCACAGAUCUAUUAAGCUGUGUCACAGGUAUUCAUCCGUACACCAUUGCGUUAACAGCUUUAGCCGCUGGAACGUCAUGGCCCGAUCUAGUUGCUAGCAAGAUUGCCGCAGAGCGGCAGAUAACAGCCGAUUCAGCCAUAGCUAACAUCACUUGCAGCAAUUCGGUGAAUAUAUAUGUUGGCAUUGGCGUGCCAUGGCUCAUCAACACGACGUACAACUACAUCGCGUAUAAGGAACCAUUAAGGAUAGAGAACGUAGGAGGGCUAAGCUUCUCCUUGCUCAUGUUCUUCGCAACGUCUGUAGGCUGUAUCGUUGUUCUGGUGUUCAGACGUCUGACGUUGGGUGCGGAGCUCGGUGGCCCGAGGCAUUGGGCGUGGAUUACUAGCAUUUAUUUUAUGAUGCUUUGGCUUAUUUUUGUUACAUUAUCAUCUUUAAGAGUUUCAGGUGUUAUUUGAGUGUAGCUCAUCCUUGGGCUAUGAAAUGUGUAUACUACUACUACUACUUUAUCAACAACAAUGUAAAAAAAGGAAAUGUAUUGCACGGAAUGCUACCCUGCUUCGGUUAAUCGAUCUUAUUUUAUUCGGUUAAUCGAUCUUAUUUUA